AUGGCGGCCGGAUGUCUUUGACGUUUUUGUUUAUUGAUUUUGAGAUUGGCGUUACAUGGGCCGUGGCUUGACAUCAUAUCAAUAGUGGAGGACGUCUGGAUGACGACGGAUCGGGAGGCUGGGUAGAUGGAAUAGGUUGGGGCGAUUGAAUGACCGUAGGUGGCAAAGGAAAUCAACAGGGUAGAAUUAGGGUUUUCUUUAUUUCCUAUAAGUAUGUCUCGUAUCUACCAAAGCAAUGCAUGGAAAUAAGAAAUUAGAAUAGUUUUAGUAAAUCUUCUCUCUAGCUCUCCUUCGGUUACGUACACCAACCCUAGCGGCCGUCACCUCGUCGUCCGCCGAUCAACCCUUAUCAUCUAGUGCUUUCAUUCUGAACUCAUGUCUACACCAAUUCCCUCCUCCGACGAUCAGCCGUCCGGCACUUCCCUUACUAUGGCAGACCUCAUGCGGGCAAUCAACAAUCUGGGAAAAGAGUUGGAAACCACCAAAUCCCAGAUCGCCAAAGAAUUGGACACCACCAAGAGUCGGGUGGCAGAGCUUUUGGCCGCUGCACAUCCGCUGCCCCAUGAAGACCUACGGCGCCCUCCGCCGUACCGUCCCCCGCCGGCUGCAUGGCGGCCGCCUCCAUCUCGCACGUCACAGCUCGUCCCCACGGCGGAUCCUAUUCCUCGCAUGCGCCUUGAUGCUCCCCGAUUCUCAGGCGAGGAUCCGGUUGGUUGGAUUUUCCGGAUUCAAAAAUACUUUGACUAUUUUCUCACACCGGAGGUCGAACGUCUUCACUUGGUGGCCAUGUUGAUCGACCACCCCGCGUCGGAAUGGUUCCGCUAUUACCAGGCAAAUAAUUGCAACGUCUCUUGGAUGUCGUUCUUGCUUGCGGUCCGACAACGCUUUGACCCCGACUACUAUGAGAACUAUAUCGGGCUGCUCUCCAAACUACACCAAACCACCACGGUCAUGGAGUACCAAUCUUCUUUUGAGACUAUCUUGAACAAGGUCGCGGGCGUCCCGGAACCCACACUUAUUGCCAUGUACAUCGCUGGUCUCAAGCAACCCGUUCAACGCGAAGUGAAUCUCCGUACCCCGGGCACACUACAAGAGGCUUUUGCUUUGGCACGCGAGUUGGCAGCGAAUUACCAGGACAUUCAUUCUGCCUACGGCUCGUCGGGACGUCGGUUUUGGUCAGCUCCACGGCCGGCUGCAACGUCCUCCCCCGCCGGUCCAUCUUCCUCCCUGGCUACACUGGCUAUUCCCUCUGCGGCUACCCACUCUAACAACCGUCCAAUCACGUCCUUACCUAUCGUGCGGCUAACCAACGCGGAAAAGGCGGAACGCGGCAAGAAGGGGCUUUGUUGGUAUUGUGACGAGAAGUGGGGCCCAACUCAUCACAGCAAACGGCGUUUUCUGGCCCUCAUGGGUCCGGAUGAGGAGGACAUCAGCUCGCUGGAGGAUCACAGCGACCAACCACUCACAGAUGACUUGGUGAUCACGGGCGAUAUUUCGAGCAUGCAUUCUUUAUCGGGGAGCCCGAAUCCGCGUUCCCUCCGUCUUACUGGCACCAUUCAAAAUUCAUCCGUUCACGUCCUAUUGGAUAGCGGGAGCACUCAUAAUUUUAUUCAUCCGGCAGUUGCAGAAUGCCUUUCUCUGGUGCUUCACCCCGUGACACCCUUUCGGGUCUAUGUCGGGAAUGGGGAAUCCCUUCGGUGCGCUUAUUCUUGUCCCCAAACCUCCAUUACUUUGCAGGGGCAUAUCUUUGCAAUUGACUUAUAUUUGUUGGAGAUCCACGGAUCGGAUGUCGUGCUCGGUGUUCAAUGGCUUCAAACGCUAGGCAAGGUAUCUCAUGAUUAUGCCAAUUUGACCAUGGAAUUCACUUGGAAUGGCUCCAUUGUUCAGUUACGUGGUGACACACCAUACCCUAGGCCAAUUUCAUAUGGUACCCUCUGUACUAUGGUGGCGGCUCACCUACCCUUGGAGUUUUAUGAAAUUAUCACAGCCCCUACACCCUUUGCUAGUGAUGCUACUGCCACCUCAGUCCCGGAGUUCCCCACGGAUGUUCCGGCAGAGAUUAAAGCUAUUCUCCUCCAACAUGCCGACGUCUUCAACACCCCUACCACACUCCCACCCGGUCGGGAAUGGGAUCACCGGAUUCACUUGGAGCCGAACACGAAGCCGGUUAACGUCUGGCCGUAUCGUUAUCCGUACUUUCAAAAGACGGAAAUUGAGCGUCAGUAUUUGCUCGGCCGUGAACUUGUUAUCCGCACCGACCACCGUAGUCUUAAAGAUCUGUUGUUGCAAAUUAUCCAAACGCCGGACCAACAAUUCUACAUCCGGAAGCUCAUGGGGUUCAAGUUCCGCAUUGGAUACAAAACUGGGGUCUCCAAUAAGGCCGCGGAUGCACUGUCCUGGCGUGACACAGAGGAGGAGGAGCCCGCUGCCCAGUUUACAGCCCUUUCUCAGCCCAUUCCCCUCCUACUGGAUGCCGUGCGUAUGGAGCAUCAGACUAAGCCAGAUGUGCUGACCUUAAAAGCAGGGGUUGCGGCCGGCACAACUGCUCCGGCGUUCACAACCCAUGACGGGCUUCUUUAUUACAACCGACGGGUUUAUAUCAGCCCCGAUUCCACUAUACGUGAACAGCUUUUGGGUGAAUUCCAUAACACUCCACUCGCGGGACACCAAGGGGUCGAGCGGACUUUUCGCCGAUUGGCGGCGGUGUUUUAUUGGCCGGGCAUGCGUAAGGAUGUACGAGCCUUUAUCGCGGCAUGUGCCCCGUGUCAAGCGACCAAGUAUUCUACGCAACGCCCGGCAGGUCUUCUUCAACCAUUACCCGUACCCGACCGCGUAUGGGACUCCGCUUCAAUGGACUUCAUCACCGGCCUCCCUCCCUCGCGCGGGUACACGGUCAUCUUUGUGGUGGUCGACCGGCUGUCAAAAUAUUGUCACUUUGGCCCUUUACCUACAGACUUUGACGCACCACGAGUGGCUGCCCUCUUCCUUGAUAUGGUAGCGGCAAUCAAGGAAUUAUUGAUAGAACGGGCGGCUGUUUUGGACGAACUCAAGACCAACCUUCGCAAAGUGCAGCAACGAAUGAGGGAUCGCGCUAAUAUGCACCGGCGUGAUGUGACGUUUCAAGUAGGUGAUUUGGUGCUUCUAAAACUCCAACCAUAUCGCCAAUACUCGGUGGCCAAACCCAAAUCGGCUAAGCUGGCUCGGCGUUUCUACGGCCCCUUCGAAGUUAUUGAACGUGUUGGGCCUGUCGCUUAUCGUCUACGUCUUCCGACAGGUUGUCGCAUUCACGACGUCUUUCACGUCUCCCUUCUUCGACCAUUUGUAGCCCGGGACACCGGAAUUCCAGCCCCUACCUUGCCUACUGACUUCUUCCAGAACCGCCCUUUGGCCGUUCCCUUGGCCGCUAUUCGCAGUCGGACAGUCCUCGUCAACGGAGCACCGGAAGAGCAGUGGUUAAUACAUUGGUCCGAGGGGUCUGAGGAUGAUGCAACUUGGGAGCCCGUGAGUAUGCUUCGUGAGCGUUUUCCAACCCUUCGCCUUGAGGACAAGGCGCUUUCCAACGGUGGGGGAGUUGAUACGGACCGGGUGGACUCGGACCACGGGGAAGAAGCUGGGCCUGUCGCUCCUCCGGUCGUGCGACGGUCGCAAAGGGUCGUUGGGCCACCCCAACGAUACAAGGAUUAUAUUCGUCGUUAAUUAUCAUUUUGUCGAUUAAUUAUUAUUUUUAUUUCAGUUACUCAUAUCAUUUAUUUGUACUCUAGAUUUUUAUUAGGUGAGCGAAACUAUAAGCUCCUUCAAGGGUUUUCUUUUCGGUUAUUUCCCUUGACGCCUUUUUUUGAACCGACAGGGUAGGAUUAGGGUUUUCUUUAUUUCCUAUAAGUAUGUCUCGUAUUUACCAAAGCAAUGCAUGGAAAUAAGAAAUUAGAAUAGUUUUA